AGCUCCUUGCCGUCCCAGGCACUUCCGCUGCAAGAGGUUGAGAGCGCGGCCUUCAUUCCUCUGGUGGAGCAAGCGCCUGGCUCUCCUUUCUGAUUCCUGCAGCAGAGGAGGCUGUUCCUGGACUAUUUCUGACCUGUUUUUUAAGAAAGAGUGCAUCACUCAACAGGUGGCAUCUGGAGUUAUCCUCUGUGGAUUUUCCAGGAUCUCAGACAAGAUCGUGCAAUCUCCCGGCCUCCUUUCCUUCCCCUGCUCUGGCUUCUGAAAGAAUGCUGCGGAGAGGAGGAAAGACAGCAUCCUGGCUCCUAGCAGCAGAGCCCCACUGUGACAGGACCUAGCAUUCACCUUUCUCUUCUGUUCCGAGUGGAAGAAGAAGCAACAGAGAGACAAGAUUUGGAAUAGUGGCUCUGGUAUGAAAGCCAGAUUCAGGUACUGUUCCUGCCUCUUGACCUCAUCAAGCCUCAGCUUCCUCACCUGUUAAAUGGAUACAAUUGCCAUCAUCAUAUUUGUUGAGAACUCCCUAAAAUGCCAGCUGAGCAUAGGCACAGAGGUUUGGGUGGUUGGACCAAGGUUACACAACUGACGCAACCGUAGGUUCUUCACAGACUUGGCACUUCUUCAGAAGGAGGAGGACAAAAUGACGAAGUCUAAGGAGCCAGUGACAUUCAAGGACGUGGCUGUGGUCUUCUCUGAGGAGGAGCUGCGACUGCUGAACCUUGCCCAGAGGAAGUUGUACCGAGAUGUGAUGCUGGAGAACUUCAGGAAUGUGGUCUCAGUGGGGCAUCAGUCCACACCAGAUGGUCUACCCCAGUUAGAGAGAGAAGAAAAGCUGUGGAUGAUGAAGAUGGCAACCCAGAGAGAUAACUCCUCAGGAGGCAAGAAUCUAAAAGAGAUGGAGACUCUUCAAGAAGUAGGAUUAAGGUACCUGUCUCAUGAAGACCUUUUCUGCUCCCAGAUCUGGCAACAGAUUACAAGAGAGUUAACCAAGUAUCAAGAUUCUGUAGCAAACAUUCAGAGAACAGGCUGUCAGUUGGAAAAACGAGAUGAUUCGCACUAUAAAGAUGAGGGAUUCGGUAAUCAGAGUUCCCAUCUUCAAGUUCACCACAGAGUCCACACUGAUGAAAAACCCUACAAAGGAGAACAUUGUGUGAAAAGUUUCAGCUGGAGCCCUCAUCUUCAAAUUAACCGAAGGGCUCAUGCAGGAGACAAGCCCUACAAAUGUGAAAAAUGUGAUAAUGCCUUCCGUCGGUUUUCAAGUCUUCAAGCCCAUCAGAGAGUCCACAGUAGAACAAAAUCAUACACAGAUGAUGCAGCUUAUAGGAGUUUUAGUCGGAGGUCACAUCUUCACCAUCAUCAGAGAAUUCCCACUGGAGAGAAUCCAUACAAAUAUGAAGAGUGUGGGAGGAACGUUGGGAAAAGUUCACAUUGUCAAGCUCGUCUGAUAGUUCAUACGGGAGAGAAACCCUAUAAAUGUGACGAGUGCGGGGUAGGCUUCAGUCAGAGAUCGUAUCUUCAAGUUCAUCUGAAAGUUCAUGCUGGAAAGAAACCAUAUAAGUGUGAAGAGUGUGGGAAGAGCUUCAGCUGGCGUUCACGACUGCAGGCUCAUCAGCGAAUCCACACUGGCGAGAAACCAUACAAAUGCAAUGCGUGUGGCAAGAGCUUUAGUUACAGCUCACACCUUAACAUUCAUUGUAGAAUCCACACAGGAGAGAAACCCUAUAAAUGUGAGGAGUGUGGGAAAGGUUUCAGUGUGGGUUCACACCUUCAGGCCCAUCAGAUAAGCCACACUGGAGAGAAACCAUACAAAUGUGAGGAGUGUGGGAAAGGCUUCUGCCGGGCCUCAAAUCUUCUGGACCAUCAAAGAGGCCAUACUGGAGAGAAACCAUAUCAGUGUGAUGCAUGUGGUAAGGGCUUCAGUCGUAGCUCAGAUUUUAACAUUCAUUUUAGAGUCCAUACAGGGGAAAAACCCUAUAAAUGUGAGGAGUGUGGCAAAGGCUUCAGCCAGGCCUCAAAUCUUCUGGCCCAUCAAAGAGGCCACACUGGAGAGAAACCCUACAAAUGUGGUACAUGUGGGAAGGGCUUCAGUCGGAGCUCAGAUCUUAAUGUACACUGUAGAAUCCACACAGGAGAGAAACCCUAUAAAUGCGAGAAGUGUGGUAAGGCCUUCAGUCAGUUCUCCAGCCUUCAGGUGCAUCAGAGAGUCCACACUGGAGAGAAACCAUAUCAGUGUGCAGAGUGUGGGAAGGGCUUCAGUGUAGGUUCACAGCUUCAGGCCCAUCAGAGGUGCCACACUGGAGAGAAACCCUAUCAAUGUGAGGAGUGUGGGAAGGGCUUCUGUCGGGCCUCAAAUUUUCUGGCACAUCGUGGAGUCCACACAGGAGAAAAACCAUACCGAUGCGAUGUGUGUGGUAAGCGCUUCAGGCAAAGAUCCUACCUUCAGGCCCACCAGAGGGUCCACACAGGAGAGAGACCAUACAAAUGUGAGGAAUGUGGGAAAGUCUUCAGCUGGAGCUCAUACCUUCAAGCCCAUCAAAGAGUUCACACUGGAGAAAAACCAUACAAAUGUGAGGAGUGUGGGAAGGGCUUCAGUUGGAGCUCAAGUCUUAUCAUUCAUCAGCGAGUCCAUGCUGAUGAUGAGGGUGACAAGGACUUUCCUUCAUCAGAGGAUUCACACAGGAAAACUCAAUAAAAUAUGUUUUACUGUCUCAGAUGGGUGCUGAAAUACUUUAAUUAUCAGAGCUAUCAUAGACAAAACAUUUGUUUUAUAGAGUCAGUAGUUCGGCUGAGUGAUUGGGAGACCGCACAGCAGAGAAGUCUCACAAGAGUGGAGACAUAUGGACUGCGUUCAGAACACUGACCAUUAGCUGAUACAUGCAGACAAGAGGAUCAGGAAGGAUGAGCCUGAUCUGGAGUAAACCAGAAGUACUAAGAUGGGAAUGCCGAACUCUAUUCCACUAGAAUAUAAGGUCCAAGAGGGUAGGGACUUUGUUGACUGCCAAAUCUACUCUGCCUUUUCAGUGCCUAACACAUUGUAAUUUUUCAGUAAUAUUUGAAAUUAUUGUCAUACUUGAAAUUCAGUAAUAUUUGACAUUUAUCUCUAAAAGUUUCUCUAAAAUUGUACUCAGAAGAAUAAUUCUGCAAGUCUUGGAGGAUAUAUAAGUUAGUUAUAUGGCCUGAUUUUCCCAUUUUUGCAGGUCUCGUGGAUGAGUGUUUAUCAAACUGAAGGUUACAGCUUGUUAGUGGGUCCAGAGAUCAGUUUCUGGCUAGCAACUAGAAGUUUUGUAUGUUAACAAUACUUUAUUGAGGUGUAAUCUGCAUGCAGUAACAUGCACAAGUCUCAAGUUUAUGGCUUCCUGAAUAUUGACAAAUGUAAUCAUCACCAAGAUCCAUGUACACAAUGUCAAUUAAACCAGAAAGUUUUCUUGUGCCCAUUUCCAGUCAA